AUGGCCAAAGCAACAAUCCUGGGCUCUCUACUUGGGCGCCCAUCGCAGAGCUACGUCGCAUCUGACGGCACAUACAAGACGUCAUACUCUGGACAUGCAUCCGAUAUUGGUCAGUCGCACGACUCGUAUCACAUAGCGCAAAGCAACGCGUCUGGCGACCGCACUGUACUGUCUCCAAGCCGCGGUGCAGCGUCCGAAACAGGACUGGACCGCCUCGGCGCACAGCGCGCGCGCACCACUCGCAAACAUCCCAAGCAGCACAGCCGACAGAUUCCCGAAAGCCCGCUUGUGCCCGACCUGAACACGGUAAAUACAUUCUCGCGCUGGUGGGAGAGCCGCAACAUGCAAAAAGCGCCUGGGCAGCCAAGCGCAGCGUCCGACUCGGGCGAGUCGUUUUCCGACCGCUGGCGGCGCGACGUUGCAUCCUACUCUACGCGCGGCCACAGUGCCGUGAGUAGUCCGGAGGCGCCCCGGGCCGUGCAGCGGGUCGGUUCGAUGCCCAAAGUGCGGAGCACGCCGCUCCAGCUCGCGGAGCCGAAGAGCGCGCCGAAAAGCACAGCGGGGCGGCGCGCUGCCCCCGCAGCGCACGAAUCAGGCGACUGGCGCGCGUUUGUGCACGACCGCGCAACCAAGCCGUCCUGGACAGAUGUGCACGCCAAGUCGUAUGCGCCGCCAAAACCUGCCGACGGUCCCUUUCGCGACUCUGCAGAAGGAGAGCUGCUCCGUCUCUCAUGGUCCCCUGCGCUGUUUUUCGCCCAAGAAGGCGUCGAGCCGCAGCCGUCCGCGACGGAUGUACUGGCGCCGUCGGCCAUGGCGCGCGAUGUGCGCAGUGUAGCCAAGUCCACGUUUGUCUCCGCAUUGGAUCAGCACAAGCAGCCGCGGAUGGAGGCAGCGACCGUGCCCGCAGAAGGCGCACAAAAUACGCUGGCUACGCUGCCUUGGGUGGAUGCGCCGCCGGCGCAUGGCGUGGAGCCGCCGGAAAGCGGGGAAAGCGCUACGCAGGGCCUGCUUGCGAGGGCUCCUUUGCGAGGCCCCUCGCAUACUCCUGCCAAGCAGCCCGCCGUGCGCAACGUGCCAAGGCACGUCCAGCCUGCGCCCGUGCGCACAAUCACAGCGCCCAGCCAUGUCGCCUCGACACUGCGUGUAGACAAAGACCUUGCGCACCGCUUCGGCGCCGUGGCUUUCAACGAUCCCGAUAUCCUCGACCUGGACCCCGAAUCCGCGCCAUGGACCAUGACCAGCGAAAUCGGCCACUAUGACCGCUCCGAACUGCACGGCUCCGACGGUGCGGAGGCACUUGAAGCGCCGCAGCCAGCGACGCCAAGCCGCAAAAUGCUCGAUCGUACGUUGCGUCGCGGCCCGCGGCCCACCGAGAUGGGCGGCAUUGCCAUUGCGCACGGCACACUUCCUGCUCCGUCUCCGCACGCCGGCAGCGGCCGCAUUCCUUUGCGCACUACGUCGGAUAGCAUCAUCCCACCCGUGCCUGUGCCGCAGAACCGCUUUGUCUCCAUGCCUGUCGCGGAGCGACUGGACGACGACGAUGCCUCCUCCACCGAAACGAUUGCUUUUGUCGAUGCACUUACCAAUGGCGAGCCAGGCGCAUUCGACGUGCCCGACGUGCCCGACGCACGCUUCGGCAAAGAUGCGCGGCUUACGCUGCGAUCCACGCCGCCAGCGACGCCGCCACGCGCUGCGCCGUCCAUCGGAUCACUCUCGCCCGCGCUUGAUGCCGAGGACGUCUUCCUUGCCGAGGAUUUGCCUUCCUCCGCAACCCACUCUGCCUUCUUUCACUUUGAGCCGCGCGAUGCCGCUGCGGAUGCUCUUGCCGAGACACUGCAGAACUUCCCGGAACACUUGCCGGGCAAGACGCCGACCUCGGCGACGGUCAGCAUCAAUCGAGCGCCGGCUCACCUGCGUACCCCGCACGCCGAGGACGUGCAGCUGGCCUACUUGAAGCCCGCGACGGACCGCAGCGUGUCGGAGCAGACCACAUGGGUACGCUCCGAGAAUGCACCUGCUACGCCGCCAAGGUCGGCAUCGCCGCGGCCCGCUGCGGCGAUGCGGCACAGUCCAUAUGCGCCGGUACGGACCGCUCCGUGGCAAGCACAUAUUGAUCCUACCGGCGCGCCAUACGAUGCGAUGCCCAUGUAUGCACAGAGCGAACGGCAGCGCCCUGUAAGCGCGCCGCGUCCUUUGUCGGGAUCGGCGCUUGCAGCGCACGAGGCGUAUAUGCAGCGCUAUGCGACGCCCAGACCUGCUGUGGCCUCUGCACAGAGCAUGGCCCAAGGGCGCGGCGCAGUGACGCCGGGAGGCUAUCCUGUGCCGACUCCUCUGCGUGCACAGCCAAGUCCUGGGUAUGCAGCGCCUGGGCACGCUAGCCAAGUGCCGCCCGUGCCGCCGGUCCCAAAGGCGUAUACGGCUGUGUCGGAGUAUACUAGCGAGCACCCGCCGCCGCCGCCGUCCAAGCAUGGCCAUGGAGUGGAGCAUGUACAGCGCCAGGAGUGGCAGGCAUGGCAGGAGAAGAGAGAGCGCGCUCCGGAGAGUCGUGCCCAGGGCGAUGGGCAAGGCUACGCUCAAGAGAGUCGUGCCCAGGGCUACGGCCCAGGCUAUGCCCAAGAGAGCCAUGCCCAGGGCUACGGCCCAGGCCAUGCUCAAAGCUACGCCCAAGACGAUGGACAAGGCUAUGCUCAGGGCUACGCUCAAGAGAGUCGUGCCCAGGGCUACGGCCCAGGCUAUGCCCAAGGCUAUGCCCGAGAGAGCCAUGCCCAAGGCUACGGCCCAGGCCAUGCUCAAAGCUACGCCCAAGACGAUGGACAAGGCUAUGCUCAGGGCUACGCUCAAGAGAGUCGUGCCCAGGGCUACGGCCCAGGCCCCCCCCCCUCACCUCUCAAAGCUACGCCCAAGCGUGGACAAGGCUAUCUCGGCUACGCUCAGCCCCCCCCCACAUCCCAACAUCCCAACCUCCCAACCCCACCCUCAAACUACCCCAACAUGGACAAGGCUAUGCUCAGGGCUACGCUCAAGAGAGUCGGCUACGCUCAAGAGAGUCGUGCCCAGGGCUACGGCCCAGGCCAUGCUCAAAGCUACGCCCAAGACGAUGGACAAGGCUAUGCUCAAGGCUACGGUCCAGACCAUGCUCAGGGCUACGCUCAAGAGAGUCGUGCCCAGGGCUACGGCCCAGGCCAUGCUCAAAGCUACGCCCAAGACGAUGGACAAGGCUAUGCUCAAGGCUACGGUCCAGACCAUGCUCAGGGCUACGCUCAAGAGAGUCGUGCUCAGGGCUACGGCCCAGGCUAUGCCCAAGGCUACGCCCAAGAGAGCCAUGCACAAAGCUACGGCCCAGGCUAUGCUCAAAGCUAUGCACAAGGCUACGGCCCAGGCCAUGCUCAAGAGAGCCAUGCCCAAGGCUACAACCAGGGCUACGAGCAGUUGCAGCCGAGCCAUGCCCAGCGUUAUACACAGCCGCAGCCAAGCCACGCCCAACACUAUGCCCAAAGCUACGCCCCGACGCAGCCCGUCCCUGCCUUAACGCAGCCCGUCCCUGUUCAAGCGCAAGGCUACGCCCCGCAUUCUCCGCAGCCCGUCCAAAGCGCUCCAAAGCCCCCAAUGCAUGCAUCUACUCCCCAGCACCCCGGCCAACAUCACCCCGGCUAUCCCCCCCCCCCAGGCACCUACCAACGCCCCCAACCCGCCAUGCCAGAGCCCCGCAUGCCCCCCGCACCCGAUCCAAUGCGGCCCGCUGCGCCCAAACCCAACGCAGCCCUGGCCAUGCCACAAGCGCAGUACGCCGAGCCGGUACACUAUCCUUCAGCGCAGCGCUAUGCAUCGCCGCAGCCAGCCGCACCGCACGCGCUGCCAUCGCCGCCGCUUACCCAGUUCUAUGCGCCGCGCUCUGGCAUGCUCAGUCCGCCGCUGCCGACCGCCGUAAGCCCUUCGCCCUCGUCUACCGGCCUGUCCACCGCCCGCAGUGCGCGUCCGAAACAUGCACCGCCGCGUGCACACAUGGUCCUCUCCCCCACAGAGCGCGAUGGCCGUGCACCUCGUACGUCGCGUCCAGCGUCGCCGUCGCCGCUGGAUGAAAUGCCGCUGCUCGGCACGGUCCCCCGCAUCAAUUCCGCGACGGACAUUGCCGCGAUGCGCAAUCGCCUCGCCUCGCCGCCGCCCGCCGAGCGCCCACUCUCCCCCAGCGGCUCUGUGUGGAACGAUGGACGCUCGCUUCGUCACGGCGCGCCUACCUUUCACAGCACACACUCCUUUGCCGACGUGCGCGGUGAGUAUACGCCGCCGGAUAUGGAGACGCAGAGCGCCGCGUCGGCUUUGCGGCAGUACGCCGGGAGUCCUUUGGACACGCGCGAGCCAUCGCUCGCUGCAAGCACCUCCAUACUCAACCCCAGCACCGCCGCCGCGAUGAGAAAGGCGCCGCUGGGCGCGUCGACGAACCAGUACCUGGGCCUCUCGGGCACGAGCGUGCCUUCGCCCCCCCAAAGUCUUGUCGGUGGCGGCGGCGGGAGCAUCACGAGCUCGGCAAGCCGCGCGCGCAUGUCGACUACCGAUUUGCUGCGCAACCGGCCCACCAUGGUCACGGUCAAUGUCGCGGGCCAAGCGCCGAGCGGCAGCAGUCUGCGCCGCCGUCUCUCGUCCACGGAUGGCGGCCGGCGGCGGCGUCCGCUGUCGGGUGCAGAGGCUGCCGACGGUGCGGCCAUCUCGCUGUCCUCGCACACGGCUCCUCCCCGCAAGAUCAGCCCUACCCAGGUCCUUGUCCAGGUCAUGGCCGUCGCGGUGGACAAUGUCGACCGCGCGCUUUUGCGCGAGAAGAUGCAGGCCGAUCCCACGCAUGCGUUUGUGCCGGGGCGCAGUUUCUGCGGCCGCGUCGUCGAGUGCGGCUGGGACGUGAAGCGCGUGCGGAAAGGCGACAUUGUGUUUGGCCUGCAAGACUACCGCAAGUGCGGCGCGCUUGCUGAAUUCAUGAGCAUCGACCAGGACCUCGUUGCGCAGGCGCCGAGCGGGCCGCUGGGCAUCGAGCAGGUCGCUGCGCUGCCGAGCACGGGCGUGAUGGUGCACCAGAUAGUGCAGAACCACUGCAUGGUCUUGCGCAAGGGCGCGCGCGUCCUCAUUCUCAACGCCCACGACGGCAUCGGUCUCCUCGCGAUGCAGGAGGCGUCGCGGCUCGGCCUCAUUGUCAUUGCACACGUGCCUGCGCACGCCGCCGACGGCAUCAGCAUCUGCGAGGCGAACGGCGCGCGCGAGGUUGUCACGGGCGAAGCGCUGUGGGCCAUCAACUUGCUCCACGAGUCCAGCUUCAACCUCAUCGUCGACACGGUCGGGGGGCGGCACAUUUACGAUGCGUGCCGCAGGAUCCUCGCACACCACGGCCAGUUUGUGACGUGCUUUGGCGACGACCAGGCGCUGCCGACGCCCACGUACCGCUCGCACCUCCGCUCUUUGCGCCGCUCCUUUUUCCGCAAAGACCGAAAAGGAAUCGGGUACGAGUGGAUCGGCAUCGAUGCGGGGCCCGACUGCCGCAUCGCGCUGGAGUCCAUCAAGGUGGCUGCACAGCGCGGCGCCAUAUGCCCGCGCAUCCAGUCCAUCCUUCCGUUCGAGGAUGCGCCGCGCGCUUUCGACCACGUCCCUUCCGACGACCCCACCGCCGGCGUCGCCGUCGUGCGCGUUUCCAUCGCGUUCUGCAUGCGCUUCCAGUGCCGCGGAGAGUACGGCACGGUGCGCUACAUAGGGCCGCUUCCCCCCAAGGAGGGCGUGUGGUUUGGCGUGCAGUUUGAUACGCCGGGGCGCGGAAAGCACGACGGCGUGGGGCCCGACGGCGUGCGGUACUUUACUUGUCCGCCAGGAAACGGCGCGUUUGUGCGCGAUACCGCGCCGCUCGAGUUUGGUGUGCUCUUUCUCGAUGCGCUGCGCGAGAAAUAUGCCGAGGCGCGUGUGCCGCUGGCCCGGCUCGAGACGGUGAGCUUAACGGGCGCCGCGCCGCCGCUCGACGAUGCGUCGUGCGUGUAUGUGCGCGGCGCAGGCGAUGCCGCAGAGAUUCGUGCAACGUGCCCUGCGAUUGCAUGGCUCGAUCUCUCGCGCUCGCUGCUGCCGGACUGGGACGCGCUCGCUGGCAUUACCGCCGCGCUGCCCGCGCUUACCACGCUCGUGCUCCAUCAUACGCGCCUCGCACCGCUGCAGGCCAUGCCCCAAGGCCUUGCGCACCUGACCGAGCUGAAGAUGGACGCAGCGGGCGUGGGCUGGGAGAGCGUCGCGCACCUCGCGCACCUGCCCGCGCUCGCGUCGUUGCAGAUAGGGUACAAUGCGAUUCACAGCGUGCAUCCGCUCCCAAACGACGCAUUUCCCGCACUCACCACACUCAACCUCGCGGGCAAUGCGCUGGCGUCGUGGGACGAGAUCGUCGCGGCGCUCGGGCCGCUGCCGCGCCUGCGCAGCAUGGUCCUCAGCGACAACCGCCUCGCGUCGCUUUUUGCGCCGCGCCACGCUGCGUUUGCCGCGCUCGAGAGUGUGUGUAUAGACGGGAACCCAGUGCACGCUUUUUCGAGCCUCGAGGCGCUUGACGCGAUGCUCGCGCGCCCGUGGGCGCUGGGCAUGGGGCGCAAUGCCGGCGCGCUCGCAGACCGCGCGGCGCUGCGCCUCGAUGUGAUUGCGCGCCUUGCGCACCUCACACAGCUGAACCGCACGCCGGUGCAUGCGGCGGAGCGCUUGGAGGCGGAGCGCUUCUACCUCGCGCACGCUGCGCCGUGCGACGCACGCUUCGGCGCAUUGUGCCGCGCGCACGGAGCGCCGGCCGCGCCUGCACCGGCGCCGACGCUGCGUGCGAAGCUCGUCGAUGUAGGCACGGCGUGUGUGCGGCACAUGCCGUCGCAGGAAGAGGCGUGCGCUCUGCUGCAGGAGACGCCGCGCCGCGCCAAGCUUUUGCGGAGCAUGCCGGUGCGCCUUGCGCGGCGUCGGCUGGCGCGCGCGUACAGCGUGGUGGAUACAGAGAUGCCGAUGUAUGCAGUUUUGCGUGGGCACGCGCCGCAAGAGCCGAUCGUGCACUGGAUGGACGAGACGCAGGAGUUGGCGUGGUACGGGCUCGAGGAUGGCGACGUGAUUGCUAUGGUGCGCCGCGAGUAG